AUGGGUCGAGACCUGGAGUUGGAACUCCGAGAAACUGGGACUGGUGGUGAUCGGAGAGCGGGAGGAGAACGAGGCCCACCGAACUUGACCGGGGAGGAAGCAGCGGGAGGGAGGAAGGGAGAGAGAGAGAGGCGACGAGGGCGGCGAAGAGCGCAGCAGAGGGCUCCCAUUGCGUGUGUGCGUCUGCCUGCUGCGACGGCUCGAGCGAGAGAGAGGGGGAGAGGGAGGGAGGGGCCGUGGCAGGGAGGGGAGGGAGGGAGUUUUCGUCGAGGGGGCCUGGGGAAGUCGCGAGAGUGCAGCUGA